CGGAGAGGCCGUUUUUGUUCAAGACACGGCUCCUUCAUUCAGCCGCCGCUCGUUAGUCACUGAACUCCAAUAUUCAAUCGUUCAGCCUCGCUGUUGUUAUCCGCUUAUAACCGCUUUAAACAACUUCACCUGGAAGCUCGCGCGCGCGCACGCGAAGGCUUGUCUGCGAGCGUGCCCGCCAGUGUGCGUGCGUGUGAGCAGGGCGAGUGUCACGGCCCUCUGCAGACUGGGGGGUUGGGUAGCAGCGCGGAUUGGUCGCUGCUCACCAACACCGUCGGUCUGGGCUUGUUUAACAUAACCGGGGGCACUUCGGCAGCAGCCACACUGAAACCAUGUAGUAAAUAAGCCGCCGUGGCUGUUGGGGGGACCGGCGGGGCCACUGGUUGCAGAGUAAUGGAGAUUGCCGUCUUCUUCGGUGUGUGAGGUGACAGUUUUGUUUUGGUUUUUUGAUGGAAAGAGGGCCGCCGCUGAAGAGGCGACGAGGUGCCGAGAAUGAGAGCGGUGCCUUGGCCUACUUCUAGUGCCGCCGCAGCUGGGAUUGUGCAGAUCUGCGUCCACACAUCGAGACAAAACAGCCGCUUUGUGUCACAUUCUCAAAGGCCCGCUGUUGGGUGGACGGUGACCGACUUUCAAAUGGAGACAAGGAUAACAGCAUGAAUCAGUCCUACAGAGCGGGUCUGAGGGUAGGCUCAGUGUUUGGCUCGACCCAGCCUGAGCUGAGGCCCCACAACGGCUCCACCUCUUAUGGAAACCACUGCGGUGUCGUGAAGCGAGGAUCUGCCCAGCCGUCGCCUGUACAGCUGCCCAAGCAGCCCGCUUACCUGGGCUACGGCCAGCCGCAGAGGAGACCCCAUCAUCCCGUCACUGACAUCCAUCCUCGCCACAACGUUCACUGCGCGAGCCCGAUCGACGAGGAUGGAGAGUUUGAGGCGCCGCUGGUCCAGCUUCCUCCCUCUCCAGGCGACGACGACCUGGAAGCGUUCGAGACGCUGCAGGACGGGAGCAGGAACGGCUUCUCCCCUCGCAGCCCCGACAGCUUUGACCGCUGCUCCCCGAUCCCGAACGGGUGCCUGCAUUUCGAGUCUACGCUGUUUGACAGCAGCGACGUUAAGGAGGAAGACGAAGGUCACUAUGGGGGCGAGGACCUCACGCCUUUCCACCACCCCUCAAACUCCAACCAGGACAGAACUGCCACUAAGUGUAAAACCACAUGGAACUCAGGGGUGGAGAGAAUACCAUACAAACCCACAGUUUUUAAUCUAAUGUCCAAAACUAUUUCUGAACUGAACCCCACACUCAGCCCUAGUGCUCUGCCAGAAAUCACACUGAAGGAUGGUUGGAACUUGGACGAGGAGUUAGACAGCGAUGUUGAACUCUCCUCUUCUUUUGACGCUGGACUUAUCUCACCAGCUGGCACCAAUUCUAACUCCAACAGCCCAAAGAAAAAGCUUCUCCCUGCUGUGAAAUACUCGGAGGGUGACUUGGUGUGGGCGAAAUUCAACAGGCGGCCCUGGUGGCCUUGCCGGGUCGUCUAUGACCCCGAUCAGGGCUUUCACACUAAGAUGAAAGUUCCAAGCCCCCGUCCAUGUCGGAUGUAUUUCCUGGAGACUGUUGGGGAGGUUGCUGAACGGGCCUGGGUCCCAAACAGCGUCAUUCUUCCCUUUGAAGGAGGCCAUCAGUUUGAAGACCUCCCUGUGCUCAGGAGAAGAGGGAAGCAGAAGGAGAAGGACUACAAGUACACGAUUCCCAAAAGCCUGCUGACUGCGUGGAAAGUGAGCGUGGCAGAGGCUGAGUUCCUGCUCCCAGGUCGACAAAGUAAUUCUGCACUUUCGGGAUCUGCGGGUGAAGGAGAACGAAUACCAAGCCCCGUUUCUAAGGAAAAAGAAGCCGAUGACCUCUCUGCCUCUCUUGACCUCAUUCAGACCGCUUUGCCCAGUGAGGCUCCUAAUGGCAAUGAGCACCAACCCUUAAAAAACUCGUCAGCUCAGGCCAAAAAGAGCAAAACGUUCAAGAGGAAAAAGAAAUGUUUGUCCGACAUAUUUGGCCAUAUAGUUGGUGGAUCAAAGGAGUCCGGGACAAGCGUCGGUGGCCAUCUUAAUUCUUCAAGUCAUGUCCUGAAAGAGGAGCCCAAGGAUUCGCCCUACGCUGAUCUGGAUUCAGUUCCGAUGCUGCACCGUCCGAAACGCACCCCAGUUUCUCCAGAGCAGGACACAUUUAGGUGGAAGGAGUGCAGUCCAGCUGAAGUGAAACACUCUAGAGAAAAGGUGAAGCAGGUUUUAGAUUUGUCCGAUUCCCCCGACAGCCUUAGACCAUUUCCUAAAGAGGGAAAAUCUGACGCUGAAGUGUUGUUCAGGUCGGGUGAAAAAGACGCCGCUCCUCUUCCUGCCACCAACCGUCUGAUGACAAAAGCUCUGAAAGCAAAGGAGGAGACUGAUCAGAAAGACUCAGUAGCACUAAAUCAUAUUCAAACUCCUCAUCGUUCAGAUGUUACCUGGACUAAUGCUCCUAUUAAAACAGAAACGUCUGAAAACUGGGAUUCCCCCAGUAAUGCCUUUUUUCCUAUAAACCACAGCUCCCCGAAACAGCGCACCAGAAAGCUCGAUAAGAAACUAAUUCGUAACGGAUCCCUAACUAAAUCCAAACGCAAGGACUUCAGUGAGGAGCACUUCCAAUCGGUCAAAAUCAAAUCGGAAAAUUCUCAAUCUGAGCCGUCAUCUGCUUCCACAUCCCUGUCCCUAUCUCCAGAGGAGACUUUUCUUGAAGGCAAGGAACUGCGGUUUCAAUCCCUCGCCGCGGGCGACAGUGAGGCGGAUCCUUCUGUAUUUCGUCCGAAUUCCAGCUACAAGUUCAGCACCUUCCUCAUGCUCUUGAAAGAUAUCCACGAUACUCGAGAAAAAGAAGGCAAUCCUUUAAAAGUCCCUCCACCCCCCGCUCUCAUCAAGGAGGAGCCCCUGGUGAUUCCCACUUCAGCCGAUCACGACCCACUAACAGGUUCGGGUGAUGCUUCUACUCUCAGGAUCAUGUCGGAAAACGGGCAGUCAGGGAAAUCCUCGGAGCUCCAAAGCCCGCAGAGGAAAGCCAAGGCCAGGACUGUUCCAGCAGCUAACGCCUACCAAUGUGAAGAUGUUCCUCUUUGCACUCAGAGUUCAGACAAGCAGCGCAGGAAGCAAAGACUCCCUUCUAAACUUAAGGUUAGGAAGCCAUGCUUGACUUCGGACCUGGCCAACAUGGAGUUUGUCAGUGACCCGGCUGACCCGGGAGCUGACCCCCUCACUGCUGCUGCUAACUCCUCUGCCAGCUACCUCGAUGGAAACUCCGAAAUCUCAGCGGCUCCAAAGAAGCGCUGGCAGCUGGUGGAAGAUGCUGAUGAGAGAAAGGCGGGCGGUGCGAGCGAUCUACGCGCAUCUCAAUGUACCAGAGCAUCGCCGGAGGUUGUUCUCGAAACAGAGAAGCAGGCAGACAGCGACUCGCUUUCGUCUGCAGGACAGUCAGAGAACAAACGGCUUCGGAAACCAACAAAGAGACUGCUGGAGUCGACUGAGGAGUACGAGCAAAUGUUCUCCUCCAAAAAAAAGCUGAAGAAACACGGCACAGAUUCUACUACGAUGGAGACUUUAGGGGUAUCGGCUCUCCUUGACUUCAGCGCAGCGGAAGGGUUUGAUAACUCGUCCUCAGUAGACCCAGCCGAGUCUCAGGUGGAGAUGGAGCCGAGUUCGUCUCAGGAUGGACUGUCUCCCGUAGCACCAUCAGCAUCUCCUGUCUCACCCCAGCCAUCCUUUGACUCAGAGGCAGCAGAGAAGACGGAUCUACCUCUCGAAUCCGAUACGGCACAUAUUCAAGACAGAAAGAGGCCGAGAAAGAUUUUACAUAAGGUUCUGGAAUGUAUGAUAGAAGAAGUGUCUGCUGCUCCUGCGAGGAGGAGGGAGCAAAAGCGUCUUGCCGGCAUUACUUCAGACGUGAAAGUGUUGGUUAAGAAAACUCAGUUAUCUGCUGCUGCAAAGAAGGACCCUGUACCCAGCACUUCCUCAGACCCAGCUGUUGCCCCCAAGCUUCCUCCUAGCAGGUCUCCAACCCCCCAACCAUGCAAGACUCCCAAGCAAGAGGAGGAGAUGGAGCCCUGCAGCGCUGAAGAGAAGCAAACUACACACACUGGAACACUAACUCCUAAACCUGAGGUGCUGCCAAUCGGUUUGAAUGACAGUUUCUCUUCCCAAGUGGAUGGAAAGGGGAAAACGUCCUCUUUGAAGGAGAACGUCUGUCAGGUGUGCGAGAAGAGUGGCGACCUGCUGGUGUGUGAAGGCCACUGUUACGGAUCCUUCCACCUGCAGUGCAUCGGCCUGUCAGCCGCUCCCAAAGGAAAGUUCUUCUGUCGGGAAUGCAACACCGGUGAUCACAUGUGCUUUGUGUGCAAAAAGUCUGGUGACGUGAAACGCUGCAUUAUCCCGCUCUGUGGCAAGUUCUACCACAUGGACUGCAUUUUGGCGUUUUCAGCCACCCAGCCGCAUAACAAGGGCUUCCGCUGCGCCCUGCACGUCUGCCUGUCCUGCCACAUCACCAACCCCGUCAACGUCUUCAGCUCUAAAGGUCGACUGGCCCGGUGUGUGCGAUGCCCCGUGGCCUAUCACGCCAAUGACAACUGCAUGGCGGCGGGCAGCGUGAUGCUGGCCAACAACACCUUCCUCUGUCCAAACCACUUCACUCCCCGAAAAGGCUGCAAGAAUCACGAACACAUAAACGUGAGCUGGUGCUUCGUCUGCUCCGAAGGGGGCAGCCUGCUGUGCUGUGAAGCCUGUCCUGCUGCUUUCCACCGAGAAUGCUUGAACAUUGAGAUGCCUCAAGGGAGCUGGUUCUGCAACGACUGCAAGGCGGGAAAGAAGCCACGCAUUAAGGACAUACUUUGGGUCAAAUGGGGCCGUUACAGGUGGUGGCCCGCCGAGGUGUGUCUAGCCAGAGACAUCCCGAACAACAUCUUGAGGAUGAAGCACGAGGUGGGGGAGUUCCCGGUUCAGUUCUUUGGUUCUAAAGAUUUCGUGUGGACGUACCAGGCCAGAGUGUUCCCCUACAUGGAGGGGGACACUCACAACAUUGAGAAAAUGGGCAAAGGCACAGACACCGUCUACAAAAAAGCUCUAACCGAGGCAGCAGAACGCUUCAAAGAGCUGCAGGCAGAACGAGAAAUGAAGCAGCUCCAGGAGGACAGGAAGAACGACAAAAAACCGCCUCCAUAUCGACACAUAAAGGUGAACAGGCCCAUUGGGAAGGUGCAGAUUAUCACAGCGGACUUGUCAGAGAUCCCUCGCUGCAACUGCAAAGCCUCCGACGAAAACCCGUGCGGCGCGGACUCCGAGUGCAUCAACCGCAUGCUGAUGUACGAGUGCCAUCCUCAGGUGUGCGCGGCAGGGGAGCGGUGCCAGAACCAGGCUUUCACGAAGCGCCAGUACACCACUGUAGAGAUCCAUAGGACGCUGUCCUGUGGGUGGGGUUUGCGGGCCGUGUCCGACAUAAAAAAGGGAGCAUUUGUGAGUGAAUAUGUGGGGGAGGUUAUAGACGAGGAAGAGUGUCGAGCCAGGAUCAGGCACGCUCAGGAACAUGACAUCUGUAACUUCUACAUGCUCACACUGGACAAGGACCGGGUCAUAGAUGCUGGGCCCAAAGGGAACCAGGCCCGCUUCAUGAACCACAGCUGCCAGCCCAACUGCGAAACGCAGAAGUGGACUGUGAACGGAGACACGCGAGUGGGGCUGUUUGCUCUGCAGGACAUCGCCAAAGGAGGGGAGCUGACUUUCAAUUACAACCUGGAGUGUCGGGGCAACGGCAAGACGGUCUGCAAGUGCGGGGCGCCCAAUUGUAGCGGCUUCCUGGGCGUUCGACCAAAAAACCAGCCUCCAGCGGAAAAGGUCAAACUAAAAGAAGGGAAGAGGAGAGUGGGCAUGAAGAAGAAGACCAAGCAACAAGUGAUGAAGGAGCGUGAGGACGAGUGCUUCAGCUGCGGCGACGGGGGUCAGAUAGUGUCCUGCAAGAAGCCGGGCUGUCCAAAGGUCUAUCAUGCCGACUGCCUCAACCUCGCCAAGAGGCCCGCAGGGCGAUGGGAGUGUCCCUGGCACCAGUGUGACAUUUGUGGUAAAGAGGCUGCUUCGUUCUGUGAGAUGUGCCCCAGCUCCUACUGCAAGGAGCACCGAGAGGGAAUGCUCUUCAUCUCCAAGCUGGAUGGAAAGCUGUCUUGCAGCGAACACGACCCGUGUGGACCCGACCCACUGGAGCCGGGAGAGAUACGGGAAUACGUGCCCAGCAUGGCCUCUGUGAGGCCUGGCGCCGUGGACACACCGGCCACACCGGCUCUAGACGCUAGAAGAGCAUCUUCCUCUUCUUCCUCCUCCUCCUCUUCCACCUUUGUUCCUAUCUCUUACGCUGCUAACCAAGCGGCGGUAUCCAAGCCAGAGCCUCCUCCUCGUCUCUACAUCAACACCAAGACAGCUACCUCCAGCUUCACGCCCUCCAGGAGCUCCUACCUCGCCGACACAACUGAAGAGACAGCCUCCUCUUCAGCCUCCUCCAGGGACGAGAGGGAGGAUGGGGAGGUGGACGGGGAGGUUUGUGCGUUGGACAUGCAAGAAGUAGAGGAAGAGGACGAGGACAACGCCACGGAGAUGGUGGAAGAUGAAGAGGAGGAACCCAUUUACGGAGGGGAUUUGAUGGAAGAUGAGGAGGAAGAGGAUGAGUAUGACCCCUGGGGUAGCUGUUUCGAUGAUGAUGGAGAGGUGGAAGGAGAGGACUUUGAAUCUUGGGGAAAAUUUGAAGAUUAAAAGUAACUCAUUCUUUAGAAAUCACUUUUAGUAGACCUUGGCAGAAGAGAUAUUUUGGUACCUCCAUGAAAGCUACACUGCCUUCACUUUGGUACAACUUUGCCUUCUCAUCUCCACACUGCUGGACUGACAGCGGAGAUGUGUGCCGGUGCUUAUCUCACUUAAUCUUUUUUAUAUUUCUGCCAAUAUGUUUAUUUGUGUCUGGUGCUGUUUUGUUCUGUUGUUUCACUUUUCACUGUUUACAUUUCCUGCCUUUAAUUUUUAUAUAUAUAUAUGUUUGGAAUAUAAAUAAGAAGUGGGAAGUUUUCACUCGACCAAACUGUCAUCAAAAGGGCAUCUUAUAAUGUCGUUUUUGUCUUAAUGUCGUCUUUUCUUUAUAGGAGUCAUGGAAAUGGCUCUCCCACUGGUCCAUGUUACAAUUCGGGCCCGCGCCUGUGAGAAGUGCAAAAAUAAACCCACUGGAAUUAUCA